GGAGUACGGUAAGUCCUCGUCUAUAUCGCAGAACCGCGGCUGAAGUCAUGCAAGAGGGCACUUGGUAUACAUCGCUACGGUGGCGCAACACUGAUUCACAUAGUUCACAAUGGGCGCCGACUUCGCUAUCCGAACCUAUCGUAGUGCGAAUGACUUCCUGGUUGCGUGUGCACCCGCACUUGUGGCAACGCGUAGCAUCUCCGCCAACUUCGCGCUCACGACAACGUAUGCUUUAGAGGAGCAUCGUAAUGAACAAGGCAUGUCAGGAAGCGGCGAUGAUUUCUGGAUAUCUGCAAUUCUUUGCUGCGACGAUUGUCCGCACGACGCAAGACCACUCUUCGCACUCGCCAUUAUUGGAAACCACGCUGGUAGACUCGCGUCGUCCGUCGACCUUAAAGGCCUCCCGCCGGCUCGCGUCAGCGAUGCCAUGCACCAGCUCUUUCUCGCUGCUAGAGAGGCGAAUGUAGCUGGAACAAGGAUCUUCGGCAUCAUGGGUCCCAAGGCCCUUUGUGAGCCGUUCGCGGACGCCUGGGGCUCCGCAUAUGGACUUCGGCCAAAGCUCAUCAUGGACUUCGCGCUCACGCACGUUACGCGGACUACACUACGCCCUUCCACGCUAUCCCUAGCCUCGAACGUCACUCUCGGCCUCUGCUCGCCCGCGGACCUAGGCGUUGCAGCGGCUAUGUCUGAACGCGCCACCCAUCCCAUGGACGAACCAGUCCCCCCGCCACUCGAUGCUGCGGCAGCGUAUGUGCAUGCGAAGAAGCUGAUCGACGGUAGACAUCUGUACGGCGCGCGUGUAGACGGUGUCCUACGCUCAAUUGUCUCGAUCACGCGAGAGACACCUGGGGUCAGGGCCGUCUCGAAGGCCUACACGGACCCACUGGUUCGUGGGCUGGGCCUCGCAGAAGCUCUUGUCCGAUAUGCGUUGCAAAGAGUGUUCGAGGACGGCACAGUGCAUAGUGUUUGCCUGUUCUUUGAGCCUAGCAACCCGAGUGCUGUUCGUCUGUACAGCAAGAUUGGAUUCACAAUCACGGCAGGCGAGAACGAGGAUUGGGCCGAAGUUGCUUGGGAGACCCAUUAACUGCGUCACCAUAUCCAUUUGCUCGUUGUGGUCGUAUUUGCGUGCAGACUAUCGUACAAUAUCCUUGGUUAUGAUCACAGUCAUCCACCUGCACCGGCCCUUGCAGCACCUCAACCACGA